AUGGCGGGGUCAACUUUACAGUUCUCGAAGCCCAUGAGCAUCAAAGAAAUCUCCGCAAAGGCCUCAGAUUUUGAAUUUAAUCCUACUAUCGCAUUGAAAUAUUGGUUGAGAACAGCCGAUACACUUCUAAGAGAGGCUUAUAUUUAUCAAGCAGAGGACAACGAUCAACAAGCAUAUCUUCUGUUUAUGCGAUAUGCUGCCCUAGUUGCAGAAAAGUUGCCCGGUCAUCCAUUUGCAAAAGCUCCGGAAAAUAGAAGUGCUCUCAGAGCUGCUCAGAAAACCCUCCCAGAUGUUUUGGACGGAUUAGAGAGACUGAAGCCUAGGAUAAAUGCGCGCUACGAUAACUGGCAGAAGGCUUUGGAAAGAAGGAAAGAAAUUCAUGCAGCGCGAGAACAUGAUACAUCGCGACCAUCGUCUCGGGCAGACUUGGCGGCGUCUGAUCCUGCGAUAGCUGGAAAUACAACUACAUUAGGCGCCGCGGAGAAUAGCGACCUGGCCGUGAAGUUGGCGCAUAAGGAGUUUAGAAGAAGAGAUGCUGCGCGACGUGGUACAAGACAAGCGGGUGUUAGUGAGGAAGAGGAGCAAGAAAGACGGACUGCAGGGCUAUGGGAAGACUGGGAGUCAGCAUUGUCUAAAUCUGGUCGUAAUGAUGACGAUGAUGUUAUACGCCGAAAUAUGGAAGCUUCAAGGAGGAGGCUAGAUGGCUCCCAGGAUAUUUCGCCGGACGGGACGAAGAAGAAAUCUGCGAGACCUACACGAUAUGUACAAACCAAGGCUAGGAAUGGUAGUAGCGCAUACCGCUAUCCGUCUAUCUCUAAGUCUCAACCACUCGUCAGUGACUCAGGGCCAUUCCCACCUCCCGGUCAUCUUCCUCCAAAGCCGCCCAAGGAAGAAUUCGAGGCACCGCAUUUGGAUACACCCCCACCACGACCCGAAAAACUAUCAUCAGACACUCACGAGAGUUCACCAUCAGACGUCGUUGGUCAAGACCCAAAAUUCACCUUUCGGCCUUCGGCAUAUCUCGAAAAUGGCAAACCUCUUCGAACAGUCUUUCUACCGCCUACGUUGCGACAACAAUUUCUGGCCUGUGCAGCCUCAAAUACACGGGCGAAUCUCGAAACUUGUGGGAUGUUAUGCGGGACAUUGAUAUCAAAUGCCCUUUUCAUAUCUCGACUUGUUAUCCCGGAACAGACAAGUACUAGCGAUACGUGUGAAACGACUAAUGAAGGUGCCUUUUUCGACUACUGCGCAUCUGAGGAUCUAAUGGUCUUGGGAUGGAUACACACUCAUCCUACUCAAAGUUGUUUCAUGAGUAGUCGAGAUCUGCAUACACAUUGUGGAUAUCAAAUCAUGAUGCCUGAGAGUAUCGCAAUUGUUUGCGCUCCCAGAAUGCCCGCCGUUCUAAAUUGUAAACAAACGGGGCUUUUCCAUCCUCACGAGGAAAGGAAUAUUUACACAGAUGCAUUGCGACCAGGUCAUGUCUUUGAGGCAGAAGGGCUAGAAUUCCAAGUUGUUGACCAACGACCAAACCCAUAA